CGUAAUCAAUUCAGUAAUCGGUAUAUAUGCAGAAACUGUUGUCCUCGCUCGUUUUCUCGAUAAAAAAUAAAACCGAAGCCACUGGAAUCUACCGGGGGACUCCGGUUAACCCCGAGCCCUAAUCCACAGUAUGUUCCUCUAAAUAAUUAACAUUAUUUUUGGUAUAUUACGGUGUCUCAACUCGAUAAAAAUAGGGUGGAAAAAUUGUGAGGGAAACGGCGUCUCGAAGAAAGGGAUCUUCAAGGAUGUCCUCCGAGGCAGAUGAAUUGGAGAAUAUGGUAUUAAGUUUUCGAGUGUCUGAGCUUCAGAUGCUUUUAGGUUUUGCUGGUAGAAAUAAAUCAGGACGUAAGAACGAAUUGCAGUUGCGUGCUUUGGAAUUAUUGAGACUGCGAUCGCAUCCAGUGCAGUUAAAAAUUCGUGAACUCUAUAAAACAAUUCAGGCAGAUCAGUUAGCUGCCCACCAAAUGUACAGCCAACAAGGCGAUUCUCAAGUAGACGAGAAUAUGCAUCAGAGAAACGAUGAUGGAAGGCAACACCAUAAUAAUCAAUCCUGGAGCAGGGUUCUGCGUCGAGUUACGCAGCAGCAUGGAGGUUCUGGAGUGGCACCUGGAAAGGAUCUACCACCUGCCCAUCAGGCGUCGAUGCCGCAGCCCCAAGUUGCCAGGGCACCUCAGAUUUAUCAGCCCUCGAGUUAUUCGACAGUUACAACUCAGAGAUCGAAUAACAACGUCUAUGCCCCCUAUCCCUAUCCAGGAAAAGUCCUGCCCCCUCCAAUGCAAAUCCAACAGCCAAGUCAGUAUCCUGUGCAUCCAGACGUGAGACUGAAAAAACUACCCUUCUACGAUUUACUGGGAGAGUUACUCAAACCCUCGAGUCUGAUGCCCCAGGGCUCCAUGAGACUCCAGGAGAAUUCAUUCCAGUUUCAUCUAACUCCACAACAGGCGUCUGACAUCGGUACUUAUCGAGACUGCCGACCUGGCUCCAAAAUGGAAUACAUCAUUCAAGUUCAAAUGAGAUUCUGCCUCCAGGAGACCUCCUGCGAGCAAGAGGAUUAUUUUCCACCGAGUGUUCAAGUUAAAGUCAAUGGAAAACAAUGUCCGCUGCCAAAUCCCAUACCCACGAAUAAACCAGGUGUCGAGCCAAAACGGCCACCCCGUCCCGUAAACAUAAGUCCUCUGGUAAAGCUCUCACCCACUGUAGCCAAUACAAUCCAAGUGACUUGGUCUGCAGAUUAUGGCAGACGUUACGCCGUAGCAAUUUACAUGGUUAAAAAAUUAACAAGCGCUGAAUUACUCACAAGACUUAAGAGUCGAAAUGUCAGACAUUCCGAUUACACACGUGGUUUAAUCAAGGAGAAACUCAACGAGGACGCAGACAGUGAAAUAGCAACAACAUCACUACGAGUGUCACUGGCUUGUCCACUCGGUAAAAUGAGAAUGAGUACACCCUCACGAGCUAGCACCUGUUCACACCUCCAGUGUUUCGACGCGUCAUUAUUCCUGCAGAUGAAUGAGAGAAAACCCACGUGGAAUUGUCCAGUUUGUGACAAAACAGCCCUUUACGAUAAUCUCGUUAUUGAUGGGUAUUUCCAGGAGGUGCUCAUGUCGAAGAAGCUAUUGAGUGAUGUGAAUGAGAUACAGCUCCUCCAGGAUGGCUCCUGGGAAAAUCUGGUGACGAAAAAAGAAAAGGACAAAGAUAAGGAGAAGGGGAAGGCCAAAUCGGAUUCAGGAUCUAAUUCACGAGCGAAUGUCGAUGUUGAUACAGUGGAUUUGGAUGAAAGUACCUCAGCAGUAUCAACGAAACCAGAGGAGAAGAAAAAUGCACCUGUCAUUGAUCUGAUAUCCGAUUCAGACGACGAGGAGGAUGAGGGCCCUUCAGCGAAACAAAUAAAAACGUCCAGUAAGAGUGCCUCGAGUCAGGGCACUCCACGGAGAAAUAACGAUAAUGCAAGAAGAGAGAGCGAGUCUCCUGAUCUCCUGGUCAUAAAUCUCGAGUAAAUUCACCGAUGUUCUCACUCUUCAAUUUCAGUUGUCUUUGACACAAGGUAAUUAUGAGAGUGCAUACCAAAGUCGAUUCAUGAAGCACAUAAUUCGGUGAAUGAGCAACUAGAGACAUUUGUUUGUAUUCAAAAGAACAAUUUCAUUUUCUCUUAUUUCGUAAAAAUGUAUGGCUAUUCUUUUCACUUCUAUAAAUAAAAUAUGAAAGUAAUAA